AUGGAUAGGAAAGAAGGAAACGAUGUACCAGGAGGAAAAGCUAAGACACCAAUCGAGUCUCUGUCACUAACAGUCCUGUCUCCAGAUCGGGGGUUUCAUCAUAGUUCACCAAGUAGUAGUUCUAAAGGAUCACACAGUGCAAGUUCUCCAUCAAAGUCUGUGUGUUCUUCAGCUUCAACAUCUUCAGAAAGUAUGCCUGUCUUUGACACCAAGACGAUGCGGGAAGCCACAAAAAUGGUACAGAAUGAGGAUUGUCCUUUGCUAGAAGGAGAAAGUAUAAAAGGGAAAGCAAGUGAUGUCACAUACCUUUGUCCGUACAGUGGCCCGGUCAGAGGAACGAUUACUUUCACAAAUUACAAGCUGUACUUCAAGAGUGUGGAAAGAGAGCCACCAUUUGUCCUGGAUGUACCACUUGGUGUUGUUAGUCAGAUCGAAAAGAUUGGCGGUGCUACAAGCAAAGGUGUCAACUCCUACGGAAUUGAUAUUGUGUGCAAGGAUAUGCGCAACUUGCGAUUUGCCCACAAGCAAGAAAAUCACUCCAGGCGACAAGUGUUUGAAAAACUUCAGCAGUAUGCCUUCCCUCUGACCAAUAAGCUGAACUUCUUUGCUUUUGAGUUCAAGGAAAAAUAUGGCCAGGAAAAUGGUUGGAAGAUUUUUGAUCCCGUUAAAGAGUUCAAAAGAAUGGGGGUCCCAAACGAAAGCUGGAGGAUCACCAAGGUGAAUGAAAAUUACCAGCUGUGUGACAGUUACCCAGCAGUGCUUGCUGUACCAAAACAAGCCACUGAUCAGGAUCUACAGAAAGUUGCUGAGUUCAGAAGCAGACAGAGACUUCCUGCUUUGUCCUGGAUUCACCCAGAAAGCCAGGCUACCAUCACCAGGUCGUCACAGCCUUUGGUGGGAAUGACCAGCAAGACCAACAGGGAUGAUGAGCGAUACAUACAGAUGAUCAUGGAUACAAAUGCUCAGUCUCACAAGCUGUACAUCAUGGAUGCCAGGCCAUCUGUGAAUGCAGUAGCUAACAAAGCCAGAGGUGGAGGUUAUGAAAGUGAAGAAGCAUACCAAAAUGCAGAGCUGAUAUUCCUGGAUAUUCACAACAUACAUGUCAUGAGAGAAAGUUUGAGAAAGUUGAAGGAGGUGUGUUUUCCUACCAUAGAUGAUGCUCGCUGGCUUUCAAACAUUGAAUCCACACACUGGCUAGAGCAUAUUAAGAUCAUUCUUGCUGGAGCUGUGCGUAUAGCAGACAAGGUGGAGAGCAAUAAAACCUCAGUACUGGUUCACUGUAGCGAUGGCUGGGAUAGAACUGCACAGCUGACUUCGCUGGCUAUGUUAAUGUUGGACCCCUACUACCGCACAAUUAGAGGCUUUGAGCUGUUGGUUGAGCAGGAAUGGCUUAGCUUUGGUCACAAGUUUAAAACACGUGUUGGUCACGGAGAAGACAAGCAUUCAGAUGCUGAUAGGUCACCUGUGUUUCUCCAGUUCAUUGACUGUGUUUGGCAAAUGACGCAGCAGUUUCCAAAUGCAUUUGAAUUCAAUGAAAAUUUCCUGAUCACAAUACUGGACCACUUAUACAGCUGUCUGUUUGGCACUUUCCUCUACAAUUGUGAGAGGGAGAGAGUUAAAGAGCGUGUUCCAGAGCUGACUGUGUCCCUGUGGUCAUACAUUAACUACCAGCAGGAGGAGUUCACCAACCCCCUGUACACAGCUCAUGUACACCAGCAUGUCCUGUUCCCUGUGGCAAGUGUCCGCCGCCUGGAGAUUUGGACUGGUUACUACUGUCGCUGGAAUCCAAGAAUGAAACCACAGGAACCAAUUCACAUUCGCAACCACGAGCUUCUGGUGCUGAAAACCCAGCUCCAGAGAAAAGUUGAAGAACUACAGAGAGAAUUGACAACUCGCAAUGCUAGGAUCAAUCUGCAGCCAUCACCACCAAGAGUUUCCACACCUGUUGAUGUUUAA